GGGUUGUUCACUGCGGGGAAGGGUACAUGUCAACUCGGAGCAGUUUGAGAAGUUUGCAAAGGCGGAGUGGCAGCGAUAUUAAAAGCGACUGGUCGGUGGAAGUACUUUGUUGAGAGUGCUCCCAUACCGGAGAGCGUCUCGGACCAAGCUACAAACUCCACGUGUCGCGCUCGGCACACGGGGGUGCGUGCGAGCGCCGUGAGUUAUGAGGAUUAUCACUGCUGCCAGUGCUGCGCGUGGCUCUGUGUAGAAGCGGGCGGUGGGUUUUGUGUGUGGCUCUGUGUGUGUGUGUGGCUCUCUGUGUGUGUGUGGCUCUGUGUGUGUGGCUCUCUGUGUGUGUGUGGCUCUGUGUGUCUCGUGUGGCUCUCUGUGUGUGUGUGGCUCUGUGUGUGUGGCUCUGUGUGUGUGGCUCUGUGUGUGGCUCUGUGUGUGUGUGGUGGCUCUGUGUGUGUGUGGCUCUCUGUGUGGCUCUGUGUGUCUCUGUGUGUAUGUCUCUGUGUGUGUCUCUGUGUGUGUGUGGCUGUGUGUGUGUGUAUCUGUGUGUGUGUGUGGCUCUGUGUGUGUGUGGCUCUGUGUGUGUGUGGUGGCUCUGUGUGUGUGUGUGGCUCUGUGUGUGUGCGUGUCUGCAAUGCGAGAGGCACAGCGAGAGAGUGCCGUGCGAGACACCGCGUGCUAGGGGAUGAGGAUCAAUGAGUGCGCUCAUUGAGUGAAGCCAAGUGCGUGAAGUUUGCUGCGGCUGAGGCAUUGGGAGAGAGAAGAAGCGGUUUUAUGGUGGUGGAGUUGCCGGUGUGGUUGGCUCCUCUUUUCCUCCGCCACGUCCAUCAUCAUCAUCAUAUUCUUCGUCGUCGUUCGCAGUGCCCACGAGGAGGGGACAGGCCUACUGCCCUCUGGGAUGGGGCCCUGAGCAAUGCCGGUUACCAUGGAGACGGCGGAGCGGCCGGCGGCAGCGCCGCCAGGCGGGUGCAAGGCUGAGGACGUGGCGGCGGAGAGGGCCCCGGCCUCCAGCACCACGCCUCACGACGACGAGGCGCUGGGCGCAGGCUACGUGCGCGAGCGUCGCAAUGCCCUCCCCACGCUGGCUCCCGGCGCUCCCGGCCCCAGCUCCUCCAGCUCCGGCACCGGCCAGGACGGCAACGGCGGCGGCAGCGGCCGGACCCGCGAGGAGCCGGGCACGACCACGCAUCGCGCCGCGGCGCCGGCCAAGCCCUCCGUGGGGCCACCUUUGUCCUCCUCCACCUCGUCGCUGUCGUCCGAGUCGGCCCGGAGGUCCUCGAUGGGACGGUCGGUGCCGGCGGCGGGCAGUCCGCACGCCGUGUACCGACCGCCCGGGUACCCGCCUCCCGACCCGCGCGCGACCUGCCUCGACUCGCCCUACGGUUCCACGCAUCUUUCUGAUCUAUAUGUCCUCGCAGGCCCUCACCCGCUGCUGCAUGCGCUGCACGCCCCCAUCCCCAUCAACAGCCGCCACCAGGAGGGCCGCUACUUCUACGAGCCUCCCCCCCUACACCCGCUGCAUGGGGCCCCCGUGAUCUCGGCGAGCCCGGUGUUCCCGGACGUGUCCCUCCUGCGCUUCUCUCCGCACCACGCGCCCGUCCUGGAGACCCCAUUCGGCAGCGCCCAUGCGCAGGCGCUCGUGGGGCCCUAUGUGGACCAGUACCUGCGCUCCGUGCAUGGGAGCCCAUCCUUGUCUGUCAUCUCGGCUGCCCGGGGACUCAGCCCCGCGCAUGCCCCCCAUGACGGCCUGAAGGAGCGAGGAGCGUACCCCUUCCCGACGCCGCCGCCGCCACCCCCCGCCCCGCCGCCACCGCACCCCGCGUCCGCCAGCACGGCCGCCGAAUAUUACCAGCAGCUGGCACUGAUGGCGAGCCACGGGGGGGCGGGCUACGCGGGCGGCUUUCUGCCGCACCACGCCGCUGCCGCCGCCGCCGCCGCCGCCGCUGCCGCCGCCGCUGGACCGCCCCCCUCCACGCUCGACUUCAUGCGCCACCUGGAGAUGGCAUCGCGCUACUCGAGCCCUCGCCCCGGCAGCAUCGGCGCUCGGCUCAGCCGCAAGCGCGCGCUGUCCAUCUCGCCGCACUCGGAGGGCAGUCUGGACCUGCACGCCAUGAUCCGCUCGUCGCCCAACUCGCUCCUCGCCUUCCUCAGUAGCUCGCGCAGCAGCUCCGCUGCCAGUGGCUCCUACGGACACCUGUCGGCCGGCGCCGCCAGUCCCAGCCUGGGUUUCGCCCACGCGGCCACGCCAGCGGCCUUCCAUCACAUGGUGAGCCGGCACCGUUCGGCCUUCGGACACACGCCGCCCCUGCCGCACCACCCGGCCGCCCGGCACGCGCUCACUGGCCUCCCGCCGGCGCCGCCCGGCGCCUGCUCCGAGGCCAUGGAGAGCAAGCCGAGCGGCGAGAUGGCGGUGAGCAGCACGGGCGACCCGCAGGCGUUCACCAAGCGCUCCAAGGCCAAGAGCGAGGCGGGGGCACUGGCCUGCGCACGCGCUGCACAGCACCAGCAGAGGAUGCAGCAGGAGUUGGAGCAGAGUGGACAACUGGAGGACGACUGCGAUCGCGACGAGCUGAAGCAGGAGCCCGAGGCAUUGUACGAGACGAACUGCCGCUGGGAGGAGUGCGUGCGCGAGUACGAGACGCAGGAGCAGCUCGUGCACCACAUCAACAACGAGCACAUCCACGGGGAGCGCAAGGAGUUUGUGUGCCGCUGGCGCGACUGCAGCCGGGAAAAAAAGCCGUUCAAGGCGCAGUACAUGCUGGUGGUGCACAUGCGGCGGCACACGGGCGAGAAGCCACAUAAGUGCACGUUUGAGGGCUGCGCCAAAGCCUACUCUCGCCUGGAGAACCUCAAGACGCACCUGCGCUCACACACGGGCGAGAAGCCGUACGUGUGCGAGCACGAGGGCUGCAACAAGGCCUUCUCCAACGCGUCAGAUCGCGCCAAGCACCAGAACCGCACGCACUCCAACGAGAAACCGUACGUGUGCAAGAUCUCGGGCUGCACCAAGCGCUACACGGACCCCAGCUCCCUGCGCAAGCACGUCAAGACGGUGCACGGGCCCGACGCUCACGUCACCAAGAAGCAGCGCGGCGCCGGCGAUGCCCCGACUCCCCGCGCGCCCCCCGGGGCCGGUGGAGGCGGCAGUGGCGGCACCAGGGACGGCGCCGGUGCGACCAGCGGUGGCAGAGGGGGUGGCGGCGGUGCCACCGCGGGGAAGCUUGGCAUCAACAGCCCGGGAUCAGCACACGGGGAGCAGAGGGGACGUGAUGCGGAGGAUGGGCAGAUUCGAUCGGUGAAGACGGAGAAGUCUGUGACGUCGCCGGGCAGCCAGUCGUCGUGCAGCAGCGAGCUCUCGCCGUUCAGCCAGCACGAGGCCACGGAGGGCGACGGGACGGAGAUGGGCGAGGAGGGCGACCUGCCGGGAGACGACGCGGACGAGCGCGGCGGGGACGAGGGGGCGGCGCCCGGCGAGACGGAUGGCAUGGCCGGGUUCGGAGUGUCCGUGGGGCUGCCUGCGCGCCGCUCGGCCGCCACCACGUGUGCCACGCAGAGGCUGGAGCAGCUGAAGCUGGGACGGCUGCGGCACGUCGGCGGGACGGACGCACGCGGCCGGAUGGGGCCCGAGGGCGCGGCCAUCACACGGCUGCCUCCCAUCAACGGCCGCCAGAACUUCUCGGGCUGCCUCACCAUUCUGCCGGAGAACCCGGGCGUCCAGGACUCGUACCUGAACGACGUCGCCGCGCUCAACCAGCUUAACGAGCGCCGCGACAGUGCCACCAGCGACCUAAGCUCGGCCUACAUGAGCAGCCGGCGCUCGUCGGGGGCAUCGCCCUGCCACCCGCCCACGGGCCGCCGCCACCUCAGCACGGCCGACUCGUACGACCCCAUCUCCACGGACACGUCGCGCCGAUCCAGCCAAGCCAGCCACGGCGGCGGAGAUGGUGGGGGGCCUCCUCCGAGCUUGCUCAGCCUCACGCCGCUGCAGCAGUACCGGCUCAAGGCCACGUACGCGGCGGCCACGGGCGGGCCCCCGCCCACGCCGCUGCCGCACAUGGAGAGGAUGGCGCUGCGGACGCGUGUGGCGAUGAUGGCGACGAUCGCAACGGACGGCGAGAGGGAAGCCGCGCGCGACCCGGGCACGGAGUCGCCGUUCCAGGGAGGAGCACGGCUCAAUCCGGCACCGGUGGCUGGGCAGCUGCAUCAGCGGCGGUGCAGUGACGGUGGCGCGUGCGGCUACGGCGCGAGCCACACACCACUGCCGCACGAGAUUCCGGGCAUCGGCACGAGACGCGCGAGCGACCCUGUGCGGAGGGCACCGCACCGACUGCAGGGCUUGCCCACGGUGCCGCUCCACCACGGCCCGCAGCUGCAGCACAGGUACAACAGCCUGAACCUGGUGCCGCACCCCCCCGCGGUGCCAGCUAUGAUGGAUCAGCGCCACGGGGGCCCGCUCAGGGCCACGGGAUACGCGCGCUCCGACGGAAGCCUGCACCGGGGCGCGUACUCUCCGCGGCCGCCCAGCAUCAGCGAGAACGUCGUCAUGGAGGCUGUUGCCAUGGAAUCGGAAGCCCACAUCCCUGAGGAGGACAUGGUUCUGCCCGACGACCUGAUGCAGUACAUCGCCGCCGAGGAGAGCAACAUGGCAGCCAGGGCCGUGGGAAACGGGAUGGCGUACGGGGAGCAGCCGAGCCAGGGCUUCCAAGCGGGUUUCAACGGGCAGGGCCACGGCCCGUACAACCCGGCUAAUCACCAGGCCCAGCAGUCACCCAUAGCGAUGUCCAGCGGCGCCAACUACGGCCAGGCCUAUCCCAUGAUGGGCCAUUGCCAGUCGGGGCAGGCAGCCAAUCGACAGACUCAAUAUCGCAUGCCUGGCCAGAUGAUGUCGCCGGACACGAAUAAGAACUUGCCGAUACAGUGGAACGAGGUGAGCUCAGGCAGCGUGAGGAACAAUCCCAGCGCCAACUGUGCGCAUGCCGCAACAGCACCACGCAGGCCGGCGCAAGCGAACCUUGGCUUGGUUCGGCAAAACGAGGCUUUCAUUCAGUACCAGCCACAUCCUACGCAGCAACAGCAGAACUUCUACCAACAAGGCAUGCCCAAUGGGAAUCACAUGGCACAGCAGCAACAGCACCAUCAGCAACAGCAGCAGCAAUUGCAGGGCCAGUAUAAUUGCUACAAGCAAACGAGAGCCACAGCAGGAUCAGGUCAGGGCUAUGUGAUGCAAGUGAGCCCAGCCCAGGCUGAGAUGAGCUCAUGUCAGAAUGGAAUGGCGCUGAAUCCAGGCUCCAGCCAAAGACCUACAGCGUGUGGAGGCAUCCACUUGAGCCCAAUCCAUCAUCCCAGCUGCAUGCAGCAACAGCAACAGUCGCCGCUGAGGACCGGGGUGCAGCCUUGCUCGCAGACUGGUGUCUGCUCCGGGAAGCCGCUCGUGAACCAGAACUUUUCCCAAGCUCCGCAGGGCUUCGCGCAGUCGCAGCAGCUGCUGGCGAACCACGGUAGUGAGCAGAAUGCGGGGAUGAUGGGUGCCCAUAGAGGAAACGUGCAGGCGAAGGUGGGUGCAGCCGCUCGUUCGAACUACAACUCGCCAGUGCAUCAGAGUCCCAAUCACGUGCCUUACCAGUCGCCGCAUGCGCACAAUCCCAUGCUGAGCCCCAGACAGCAGAGCUAUGGCCCAGGUCAACACGUCCAAAGCACAAUACAGCCUCACCCUCCUGCCUACAGAAAACCCGGUACCGUCCAAGCUGCCACCGCAUUGACCAGCGCUGCUGUUCAGCAGCAGGCUUACUCAGGGAGCCACGGGCAGCUGACGAACGGACUGAGCCCCGCGCACAGCGCCAUUGGCGCCAGUCCCAACAGGCCCAUGCAGGUGGAGGGAGAGGCGCACUCCAGCGGCAUGCACAUUCAAAGCCAACCCAUGCAUUACACGGGACAGAUUCAGAUGUACGACGGGGGCAUGGUGCAAUAUGGGCAGCAGAAUGGCGGCGGCGGUAGCGUCGCGCCGAGUUACCACGGCCAGGAGAGCAGCGCUGCGCAGCAGUCAAUGGCGGCCACCGGUCUGCAGAAACCCACAGAGGCGAUGUUGUCGCCAGGCACCGGGCAAGUAAGCAGCAGCACGUCGGCAGCGAUGGCAAGCCUCGAUGCUACGUUGCCAUCGCAGAUCGACUUUGAGGCCAUGAUCCUGGACGACGGAGACCACUUCAGUCUCGUGUCCGGUCCCCUGAGCCCAGGGCUGCUGCAGAGCCUCUCGCAGGCCUCAUCUCGCCUCACCACGCCGCGCGGCUCUGUCACGCUGGCGCCAGGCAGGGCGGCCGCAGGGUCGGCGGGGGGCCUUGCCGGCAUCGGGAUCGGCCAGCCCGUCGCACCGGUGGCGCCCGGGAUGUCCAACAUGGCCAUCGGAGACAUGAGCUCAAUGCUGUCAACACUGGUGGAAGAGAGCAAGUUCCUCACAAUGAUGCCUUAGGUGGUGCUUUCUUUUUCACUGAAUAGUUUCCGGGUCGCUGGUUGACUGGAGUAGGCAGGUGGGCUCGCAGCAAAGGCCCACUUAUACAAGAUGCAGUUUGCCGAGCAUGGAAAUAUUUUCCGAAUCGCUGACUGGACAUGUGACCCGGCUGAAAUAAAGCCCUGGCCUUAAUUCCUAGUCCCCUGCAAUGCAGAGUCUAGGCCUGUGGCGGUCUUGCUUUGAGGGAGCGUCUAAAAACGAUGCGUUUUGCCUCAAGAGCUAAGGAGUCAUUAAAUAAAAGAUGUGCAGUGUUGAAUGUUGACACUUGAUGAAUUUAAACAGCUUUCUUGAACACACCUUGGUCAAAAGGACCCUUUGUAUAAUUCUGCCGUUGUUGACCAAGGUGGUAAAGCCAUUUUUUUUUUACAAUGCAGAAUUUAUUUUAAUAUCGGGAACAUGUUUUGUUUUGUAAGAAGGGGUUAGGGUCAGGACUGCUGGUGGAAUGUCCUGCUGGCUGACAAGUACUCGCAUGAUUGUGUUCGUCGUGCAGGCAUUUUUUGAAGGACCGAUGAUACAAGGGUGGAAAUGUCAUAAAAUGAAAGAGAAACCACCAAAAUAAAAUGGUCUUAUUUUGCUUCUGGCCAGUGGAUUGCAAAACCUAUACCCUGGUUUGGUUGACACGAAAGUAGGUGACACGCAAGUCUGUAGAUCAUUCCCCUAUGCAAGCGGAACUUUUCAUGACCGCCUGUAAAACACAUUCCUCAUGAGUAAGUCACGCGGAAGUCACACGGACACAAAAACACUAAGUGAUAUAUGAAAUUCCAAAUACAGUGGUAAUAGCAAUUACAAUAAAAACAACAUAAAAUAAAAUUAGCAUUGUAAAAAAGCUCAAAAAUAAACAAACAAUAAUAUAGAGAUCUCGCCGAGUGCAUUUUUGGGUUGUACCAAGUUUCGUUUGGCGUGAUUUUAUAACGGUUCCCUCUUAAUGCUGAAGCAACACCCCAGCACGUGGAUCAAAACGACAGACAUUGUGCCCAACAACCCGCGAAGACUGUCAGAAAGCUGUACAGCACGACCGGGAAAACCUACGUCGCAAUAAAAAAUGAAUGCACUGUUUGUAAGUAAUUGCCUGGAUGGCCGUCAUUUCUUUUUGGACUACGACCCCGUGGGACACGUUCUGGUGCAGUCGCCCGGCGCAGGAACAUUCCUGUUUAUUACGGCUGCUGCACGAGAAUCCACAGAGCAACUCAACCUUAGCCUAAGGAGCCAGAUUGCAUUUCCACUGCCUCCCAGGACAUGCAGUGUGUGCCCUGAACAUGUGCUUUGCCUUACCUCGACAAAAAUCUUUAUAUUUUCGUACAAACUAAUGGAAAAAUGCAAAUAUGGUAUUUAACAUUUUUUGAAAAUUCUGUAUAACUUUCAGAACCUCAACGGCUGACAACAUUCAAAAUGUGGACUCCCAACGAGGCUUCCAUUGCGUGUUGAGUAAAACUAUUCCCAACCUGUGUAUGCCAGUUGGAGGAAAUACCGAACGAGAGUCACACAUGUUGCAGUGUUUGGCAGCUAUCUUAAGAUGAUGUUGAAACCUUAAUGUGACAAGCGAAACACACGACCUAUUGAUCUUAAAACUCAGGCAAGGGUUGUUGCUCGGAAGGCGGUGUUCUCUGAUAGGUGCAUUCCAAGUGAUGUGUCAUGCUGCAUUCUACUCUGGCAAAUUCACAAGAGGCAUGCCCAGCAAGCUGCUGCCAAUCGCUCAACCACCAAAUACAAACACAUUUGACAAAAAGCAUGCUUUGCUCACUGCCAUGCAAAUGUUUUGUCUUCGUAGAUGAUGUAUUAUGCCAAUAGGGGGUCGUGUUACACCGUUACUUACCAACUGUGUAUAGGCUUUUUUUAAUCUCAGUGCAGUUUAUUUUACCUAUGUUCUGUGUACUGUACGUUAAAUGUCAAACCAUGUUUUGUGUACUGCAUGCUUGUAUUACAUACUGUAUACUUUUUAAGCAUUGUAUCGCCUGUUUUUUUACAUUCAGAAAUGCGCAAUGAUUGUAAUGGUUCUUCUUCGCUGCGUGUAUUAUAGCAGCUUGUAAAAAUAUGCCUUAAUUUAGCUUACAAACACCACCCGCGGUUUACUUUCAAGCUUGUGCCUUAAACUCCAGAUCGUAGCAGCAUUUCUACUCCGCCUUCCCGUGUUUAUUCUGUUUCCAUGACCUAACAUUGCCUUACUUUUCGUCACGAGUCAUGUUGGCUGGUACCAGCUGUUUAACUUUAGCAAUAUUAAAUACUGAUUUAAAAAUGACUGACGUGUUCCAUGUCAUUACCAUUUUAAGUACCGAAAAUAAAGACACACUGUGGUGCGUGUGUGUCUAUAUAUUGAGAAUAAUGCAUUCGGAGAGAGAGAAAAAUAUGGUUCAUACAUAAUUAUGGGGAAAAAAUGACAUGGAAAAGACAUCUUUUUUUAAUCGCGCGUGGAAGUCAUUUAUAAAAACGUUAGAUUUUUAUCAAUUUCUAUUUGGCAAAAGCACCAUUUGACGCAUGACUGAUUUGCAAACCGUACAGCACCUGUAAAUACAACACAGACGUGAGAUGAACACGCAGCGAUGAGUCGAUGAUAACCCGCACCACUCCGAGCCUUUUUUCACACGAGCUACGCAACUCGGCACAGUUAAACCAACACGAAACCCCAGUGCCCCCUAGCUUUCAAGUGUGCAGCCGGUGUAACUCACCGGGGCCCAUUUGGUCAGAGUGGCCCAGGUGCUCGGUGCAAAUAGGUGUGGUGGUGGGUGGUGGGGGAGCAGAAUUGGGAUAUGGGCCCCCGUAAUAUUCCUUACACCAGAGUGCGCAACCUUGCUGUGCCGUCACAUUGCAACAAAAACGCAAGCGCCACCCACCCCUUUGAGGAUGAAGUGUAAUUCGACAUCUCAUACUGAAAUAAUAAUUUUUCACGUGCCGGUUGAGUCAACAUAACUUGUGUCCACACUCUUUUAAGUCGACAUUACAGUAACUGUGCUCGUGUGAAAAGGCCCAUUAAUACACACCGACUUCUGUGAGCUUGCAUAAAUUAUACGACCUCUCUUUGUGCAACUUUGAACGUUUACAAAAUCUUGACCCAUUUUUUUACACAAAAUAA